AUGGCCAAGAGAAAAGCCGAAAGUGAUUUGGACGAAGGUGCACGCCGCGAGCCUAAGCAAAGAGCCGUCUAUGGCCCUUUCAAGCGCAUCCAAAAGCCUACGAAAGAUGUGCGAGAAAACAACUCCAGCGAGAAACGAACGAGGCGGGUCGACCAACCCAUCGUCAUCGACUUGACUGGCCCUGAUACGCUGGAUGCUGCCACAGACCAAGGAGACGAAGUCCAUGGAUCCCACGGUUCUGCUUCGCAAUCCAGGUCAGGCAUUCGGCCGGUCAGCAAUCUCAACCCAGCUCCUGGUCCAUCCUUUAUCACGGGUCGACGCCGUGGCGAGAGGACUGGCGGUCCGGCACAAGGCAUCGCAGGUCGGCACCGACAAUCGCGCACCGGACGGACGAGUGCAAAGAAGAGCAACGCACGGGGUGGAAAUGGUACUCGCGUCGUGGUCAACACGCAGAUUCAGCAGAAUCUUUCCUCGAUGAUCCCAAGGGCCACAGUCGCAUCUGAAAGUCAGCAUACAGCACAAGCACCUCCGUCAGUCUCGAGGGACCGCACCAAGCCUCGUGGUCAAGAAUCCCGAGAAUAUGCUGAUCUGUCGACGGAUGGUCCUCUUGUCUACGUCGACGUGACUGAAGACGAAGCUCGGGAGCUGGUAGACCUGCCGCCGAAGAAGAAGGGGUAUGUUGAUCUUCUCGACAGGGACCACCACCCUUCCACGCAAGUCCGGCCAGCACAAACAAACGACACCGGUGGCCAUAGCACUGCUGGACGCUCAGACCCUGUCCAGGCUACAGCAGACUCUCUCGACCUUGACUCUUUGCGCAAUAACGUCGCCUUCCAGCAGCUUCGUGAGAACGUAAGAAACCAACGACAGACUCUCGAGGCUGCGCUUGAGAACCCGCAGCUACUCCAGCUAGGUUGGGAAUUUCCAGAAGAGACCAGGCGGUUGUUGACUGAACCGCGCGGAGAGGUCUCGAAGCGGAUCGAUUGA